GCAGACACUGAAGACUACAAAGGGACGUGGGAGAUUGAUGCGUCGCACAAAGCUGGACUGAAGGGUCCCUGUCCAAUUUCUCAACCGGAAAAGAGUCCGCAAAGGCUCCCCAAAGAGGCGCCAAGGGGAGGCUGCGGCUUGGAAGGACCAGGGUGGCUCCAUCUAGAGCUCUCUCUGCCCUGCCCGGACACGCAGUGUCCCUUCCUACUUCCCCACCUGCUCACAGCUCACCGGGAGCUGCGGGACCACGCAGACAUCUUCUGCCUUGCCCGAAGUCCCCUCGCAAUGGAAGAAGCUAACCUCUCAGCGGCGACCCCCGGCCUCGUCCUUCCCCUGGUGUCCUGCAAUGACAGCCCAAGCCCCAGCGACGUCGUAGGGUCCACCCCAGGCGGGUCCAUCCUGCCUGGCCGCGAGUCGCCCUUCUCCGUCUUCACCGUGUUGGUGGUGACUCUCCUCGUGCUGUUGAUCGCUGCUACUUUCUUGUGGAACCUCCUGGUUCUGGUGACCAUCCUGCGCGUCCGCGCCUUCCACCGCGUGCCCCAUAACUUGGUGGCCUCGACUGCUGUGUCAGACGUGCUGGUGGCUAUCCUAGUGAUGCCAUUGAGCCUGGUGAGCGAGUUGUCCGCUGGGCGACGUUGGCAGCUGGGCAGGAGUCUGUGCCACGUGUGGAUCUCCUUCGAUGUGCUGUGCUGCACCGCCAGCAUCUGGAACGUGGCAGCCAUCGCCCUGGACCGCUACUGGACCAUCACCCGCCACCUGCGGUACACGCUGCGCACGCGGCGCCGCGCCUCGGCACUCAUGAUCGCGCUCACCUGGACGCUGUCUGCGCUCAUCGCGCUCGCCCCGCUGCUCUUUGGCUGGGGCGAGGCCUACGAUGCUCGGCUGCAGCGCUGCCAGGUGAGCCAGGAGCCCUCCUACGCAGUCUUCUCCACCUGCGGCGCCUUCUAUCUUCCGCUGGCUGUGGUGCUGUUCGUCUACUGGAAGAUAUACAAGGCCGCCAAGUUUCGAUUCGGCCGCCGCAGGAGGGCUGUGAUGCCUCUGCCCGCCACCACCGAGCAGGCAAAGGAGGAGCACAAGGUUGAGAUGGUGUUCACUACUCGCUGCAAAGCAGCUGUGACCUUCCAGACAAGUGGGGACUCGUGGCGGGAGCAGAAGGAGAAGCGAGCAGCUGUAAUGGUGGGGAUCCUGAUUGGUGUGUUUGUACUGUGUUGGAUCCCCUUCUUCCUCACGGAGCUCAUGAGCCCAUUCUGUGCCUGCAGCCUACCCCCUACUUGGAAAAGCAUAUUCUUGUGGCUUGGAUACUCGAAUUCCUUCUUCAACCCCCUGAUUUACACAGCCUUUAACAAGAACUACAACAAUGCCUUCAAGAAUCUCUUUACAAAGCAGAGAUAAGAGGAUUUGGAAAAACAUAGGUGCAGGUUUGG